AGAGGAGAGGAGGAGCUGCAGCUCCGUGAUGGAGGAGGACAUCAAGAAGCAGGGGACGCUCUUCCUCCAGCAGCAGCGAUUUGGAAAGAAGUGGAAGCGGGUGUGGUGCAUGUUGUUCCGGGACAGCUCCUGCUCCAUCUCCAGGCUGGAGUUCUUUGAGUGUAAAGAUGGAAGCAACGUGGAGAAGAAUGACAAAUCCCUGCGCAAACAGCAGGAAAACAAAAAGGUGAUCCGUCUGUCCGACUGCAUCCGGGUGACGGAGGUGGAGAUGGAUGGAUGUCCCAGAGACACGGGGUCCUUCCUGGUGGAGACCACCGAGAAGAUCUACGUGUUCGCUGCUGACAGGAACCAGCUGGAUGACUGGACACACAAACUGUGUGAGAUGGCCUUCCCGAUGAGCUGGACGGACGGUGCCGGGAAGCGAGGCAACCUGCAGAAAGGAAGCAGGGUGGACGAAAACGAAGGGAUGGAGGACAACUUGCUGUAUAGUGGCCGAGAGACAGACGUGCCACUUUUCAUGCAGAUGAACAAAGUGUCCCUGAAGCUGUGUGAGACACUUCUGUCCAAACAGCUGCUGCAGGACGAGUCCACCUUCUCCUUUGAGGCGGGUCGCAGGUGCAACUCCGGUGAGGGGAGCUUUGAGUUUGACACGAAACAGGGGAACGCCCUGUUCCAGUCCGUGGAGGCCGCCAUCAACCUGCAGAAGAUCUCCCUCCCUCACCGGCAGAUCUCUAGUGGGGGCCAUGGGGUGUCGGACAUGGCCCAGAACCAGCAGAACCAUCCAGCUCACAGUUGGGCAGCUCAGCCUCAGCCCCACGGAGUCCCACAAACCCCUGCUGCUCAGGCGGCUGACGUCGUGUACAGCAUGGUGACAGCUCCUCAGAACCAGCAGACGUUUCACAACAAAGACGACUGCUCCAACGCUUCGCAGCAGCAGCGCCCCCCGAUGUCUCGUCUCGAGCCUCCAGUUGAUAAAAUUUUGACCGGAGUAAAGAGUUUGACUCUGGACACUCGUGGAGUUCCUGUCCCCCGAAAAAACCAGGUCAAGAUGAUUUCCAGCUGUCCUCUGCCCAACCCUAGCCCAGAGUCUGGCUCCAAUCUGAUCCCGGGCCCAAACUCGAACCCCUCCCCCAACCCCCACCUCAGCCCCAAACUGAGCUCCAACUCAAACCCGGAAAAGAUGUAUUCACACAUCAACAUGCCCAGCGCCACUGGACGGAGCUCCAGGAAGGAGAAGAGGAGCAGCAGUAACUCUGCUCCCUGCACCACCCCUCUGAUAAAAAAAGAGCCAGAUUACUCCCUCCCCUUCGACACCAUUGCCUCAAACAUCAUGUCCAACAUUUUGAGUUUUCACCAGGCUGAUGGGGAUGAGUCCGGCCCAGAUCCGCUGUAUGACAGCAUUGAUGACAUCAGGGUCAGAAACAUCUUCCGAAAUGACAAUGACACCAAACCAAAGGUGGACCACAUCUAUGAUGAACCUGAAGGUUGCGCCGCCACAGGGCAGGAGGACAUGCAUCUCUCUGUGGUGUAUGAUGACCCUGAAGAGAUGCGAGGAAAUGCCUGGAGGAUUAUGGGUACUCUUUCAGACCCUAAAGGCCACGAGUACCCCUAUAACCCCCGAGUGGAUGACUAUGCUGUACCCAAACGACCCAAGAGGGCAUUUGCUGCCAAACAAAACACCAACGAAGAAGAACAGGAGCAGAAACAGGAAGAGGAGGAGCCAGAGGAGGUAGUGGAGGAGGGAGAGGAGGAGGAGGGAGAGGAGGAGGAACAGGAUUCACCGUACAAAAAUGUGUUGAAGAUGAUUUAAAGAUCACCCAGAACCAGAAAGCACAACUCAUUCUGCCAUCUCACCAACUCAA